AUGUGUGUUCGCGGAGUCGAAGCUGGCUAAAACGCCAUCGCUGCAGCAGCGCUGGUUUAUCAAUAAAAAAAAACUCUCCGCCUCCGCAGUCGCGAUCGCGCGACUCCUCCUCUCCUGGCAAACAGUGUGUAAACAUACAACAUAAUAAAAAGAGUGUAACGCAGACAUCGUUGCGGGAUAAUCAUCUUGAGGUGUAUAAAGUUACAAAGGGCGGUUUGCGGGGCCGCCGCAGGUGUGCCUGAAUGUUCGAGAUGGAGAAUCAGAGCCACAACAUGAUUCGUCUGUCGAAGGAGGAUAUACCGUUGAUAAGCAAACCGCGACAUGGCAGCUCGUGGACGAGCCCAUCAGCAGCAGGUUUUUUCGCGCGUCUCUAGGUAGUGAGGUGCGAGCCUCUGAGUCACACACAAACUCCGCCUAAUAAACUCUUGCAGUGCAUUAUAAGCUCGUCGUCAGUCUAGAGCUGCUCUGUGUCUCUGCGCGUGUGUGCAGGGUGAUAUUAAGGUCCUCCGCCGCGUAUAUGUAUACGUAUAUAGGUACAAAUGUGCAGCUAUAGAGCGCACUGAAAAAGCGUAUAUAUACACACACACAGACACCAUAUCGAUGGAGAGACUGCGACGUUUCCGAGCGGCCCUUGGCCGAUUCUUUCGACGACUGUGCUGCACAUGGAUGUGGCGAAGAUGCUGCAAAGAGAAAGAGCUAAGAGCAAGGACUAUACAAAUUGGUCAACCCAUGUAUGAAAAGUUUCCAACAAAUGUUAUUCGUAACCAGAAAUAUAGCAUAAUCACUUUCUUACCCAUGGUUCUAUUUCAACAGUUCAAAUUCUUUCUUAAUCUAUAUUUUCUACUGAUGGCUAUUUCUCAAUUUAUACCAGACAUUAGAAUUGGAUAUUUAUAUACAUAUUGGGGACCAUUGUGCUUUGUUCUGGCAGUGACGCUUUGUAGAGAAGCUGUGGAUGACUUCAGAAGGUACAAGAGGGACAAAGAAGUAAAUGGUCAGAAAUAUCACAGAUUGGUCAAAGGUUUUAGUGCACCGGAGAAGGUGCCAAGCUCAAAAUUGAGAGUUGGAGAUCUGGUCAUUGUAGAGAAAGGUCAAAGGGUACCUGCUGAUCUUGUUCUGCUGAGGACAACUGAGAAAUCUGGAGCCUGCUUUGUGAGAACUGAUCAACUGGAUGGUGAGACGGACUGGAAACUACGUUUGGCAGUACCAACAACACAGAAAUUAGAUUCAGAUGCUCAACUAUUUGAUAUUAAAGCUAGUCUUUAUGUGGAGAAGCCACAGAAAGAUAUUCACAGUUUCAUCGGUACUUUUACAAGAUAUGAUGGAUAUAGCAGUGAAGAAAGUCUUGGAGUUGACAAUACAUUAUGGGCAAACACGGCGAUAGCAUCAGGUUCAGCCCUAGGUGUUGUUGUUUACACAGGUCAAGAAACAAGAUCAUUGAUGAACCAUUCUGCUCCAAGAUCGAAAGUCGGUUUGCUAGAUGAAGAGAUCAAUCAGCUAACAAAGGUUUUGUUCUGCGCUGUAAUUGGUUUAGCUUUAGUUAUGAUGUGCCUGAAAGGAUUUAGCGGCCCGUGGUAUCGCUACAUGUUCCGUUUUGUACUGCUAUUUUCCUACAUAAUUCCAAUCAGUCUUCGAGUAAAUCUGGACAUGGGUAAAACGUUCUAUGCAUGGUGCAUACAAAGAGACAAGGACAUUGCUGGCACUGUUGUAAGAACUACCACGAUUCCUGAAGAGCUCGGUAGAAUAUCUUAUUUACUGAGUGACAAAACUGGAACGUUAACGCAAAAUAAAAUGGUCUUUAAGAAAUUACAUUUGGGAACUAUUUCUUACGGACAAGACUCAUUUGAUGACGUAUCGUCCGUUCUGAGUACUUUCUAUACUGUGGAUUCCGAGUCUUCUCCAGUAAAAGUUGUAGUUACCGGUACUCAUUCCGGAAAAGUCAGGAGAUCAGAAAAUACAAGAGUUUAUGAAGCAGUUCAUGCCUUAGCUUUGUGUCACAAUGUUACACCUGUUUAUGACGAAGUUAACAAUAAAGAUGUAGCCAGCAAACUUACAGAUACAGAUAGUAUUGAAACGGUUGAAACUAGUUCAGUGCAAAGUCAACCAGAAGCAGAACAAAGCUAUUGUCCUCCAGAGCAAGGGCUUACUUAUCAAGCUUCUAGUCCAGAUGAAGUAGCACUAGUCAAGUGGACUGAGGAAGUAGGAUUAGCCCUAGUAAAACGAGAUUUAAAUACUAUGCAACUCAAAGCUCCAAAUGGAAAAUUGCUAAACUACACGAUUUUGCAAAUUUUUCCAUUUACUUCCGAAACAAAGAGAAUGGGGGUUAUCGUUAAAGACGAAACAACGAACGAAAUCACUUUUUACUUGAAAGGUGCUGACGUUGUGAUGGCUGGAAUCGUACAAUACAACGAUUGGCUUGAGGAAGAAUGUGGCAACAUGGCUAGAGAAGGCUUCCGAACUCUUGUUGUAGCUAAAAAGAAUCUAACUGAAGAGCAAUAUCUAGACUUCGAGGCAAGAUACAAUGCCGCAAGAAUGUGCGUGACUGAUCGUGUAUCUAGAGUCGCUGCGGUAAUCGAAAGUCUCGAAAGAGAAAUGGAAUUACUGUGUGUCACAGGAGUCGAAGACAAAUUACAAGACAAAGUUAGGUCAACAUUGGAGUCAUUGCGAAAUGCAGGAAUAAAGAUCUGGAUGUUGACGGGAGAUAAAUUGGAGACCGCGACGUGUAUCGCCAAAUCUUCUAGAUUAGUUUCGCGUACGCAAGGUCUUCACGUUUUUAAAUCAGUGGUCACUAGAACAGACGCUCAUUUGGAGCUUAAUAUAUUUAGAAAGAAGCAAGAUUGCGCUCUUGUCAUAAGCGGCGAUUCUCUCGAAGUGUGCCUACAGUACUACGAAGAUGAAUUUUUGGAGCUUGCGUGUGGUUCUCCAGCCGUAGUUUGCUGCCGCUGCUCGCCUACGCAGAAAGCCGAAGUAGUUAGUUUGAUACAGAGGCAUACUGGCAAGAGAACUGCAGCUGUCGGAGACGGUGGCAACGACGUCUCGAUGAUCCAGUCAGCCGAUGCCGGUAUAGGUAUAGAAGGUCUCGAAGGUAGACAAGCCUCGUUAGCUGCUGACUUCUCAAUUCAACAGUUCAGUCACUUGGCGAACUUGCUAUUGGUGCACGGUAGACGAAGCUACAAACGAUCUGCUGCGUUAAGUCAAUUUGUUAUACAUCGUGGUCUAAUUAUUUCGACAAUGCAGGCGGUGUUCUCUGCAGUGUUUUACUUCUCGUCGGUACCGCUCUAUCAAGGUUUCUUGAUGGUUGGAUAUGCGACGAUAUAUACAAUGUUCCCUGUUUUCUCUCUCGUUUUGGAUAAGGAUGUUUCCGGAAAAAUUGCACUGACUUUCCCAGAGCUCUAUAAAGAUUUGAGUAAAGGGCGUUCUUUGUCCUAUAAAACAUUUUUUAUGUGGGUCUUAAUAAGCAUCUAUCAAGGUGGCGUCAUCAUGUACGGUGCAUUAAUCAUGUUUGAAGACGAGUUUAUCCAUAUUGUCGCUAUCAGCUUUUCGGCAUUAGUGUUGACCGAAUUGAUCAUGGUUGCUCUGACCAUAAGAACAUGGCAUCACAUAAUGGUUCUUGCAGAGGUGUUUUCUUUGGCCUUAUACAUGCUAUCAUUGGUUGUUCUAAAAGACUAUUUCGAUGCUGAGUUCAUUAAAACGGUAGAUUUCUUGUGGAAAGUAGUAGUUAUAACUCUCAUAUCUUGUCUGCCCCUUUACAUACUAAAGCUUCUAAGGAAAAAGUUUUCCCCGCCAAGUUACACAAAGUUGUCGUAGAAAUCAUCGGCAGUAUGAAAGAAACUCAAUUAUCUAUUUUUGCCUUGGACACGCGAGAUUUCCGAGAAGUUAAUAACUUCAAAAUCAACGAUGCAAUUAACUAAUUGUUCAAUCGUUUUUAAAAAAGCACACUGUGCCCAUAAAAUGGCAUUUGUUACUGAUUUUACAUUUGCUUGUGAUAAAGUUUGAACUCUUCAGUAUUUUGUGCAAUUACUAAAGCGGGAGAUUGAUUUUUUGAAUAAUUUGCUUCACUUGGACGGCUUCCAUCAUCGAUUCAUUAUUUUUAGAAGUUAUUAUACGUUCUAUACAUAUGCAUACAUGGUCAAAUCAUUCAUGACACAUCAUUAUAGCUUAUUAAUAAUAUUACUUUUUAUAACUUUGGAGAAAAUGAAGAGAAAUGAAUAACGUGUGUACAAAUGUCGGAGAAAACAGACUGUGAUGGCGUAAAAGUGAACACCGAUUGCUGUUCCGCUUAUGUAAAAAACAUUGACAUGAUUUUUUUAUCAAGCAUAUUUUGUAUUUAAUAUUCUAUCAUCUAAUGAUAAAUAUCUUUAUCAGAAAUAAUGAUAUAUAUUAACAGAAAAGAUAUAACACUUAAGGAAACCCUAGCAAGCAAACUUAUAUUACUACAACGGAAUAUUAAUUUUACAAGUAACGUUUAAUCAAUGUUACACUUUGUAAAGUUAAUGUUAAUUAACUUUGCAUAAUUUCACAAACGGUUGAACUACCAAAGAUGUUUUGGCAUUCAUCGAAUAUCACACAUGAAUUUGCAAAGUUGCUCAAAUUAUAAUGAAAUUUAUAAAUGAAAUAAUAUCAUUGCCGUAGAAACAGAGCCCUAAAAUACUGAUAAAACAGUUUUUAUAAUAUAAAAGAUGCGUCUUUUAUAGACUUAAAAGCACGUAGCGGCGAGAUUGUAAUCAUGGUGAAACGUGAUAGAUGAAAUAGUUCUUAAUAGACAUGUUUUGUUUAAUGUAUCAUAUAUUUGUAAUUAAUUUAUGGAGAAAUAAAAAUAAUAUAUUCG